AUGGUCCUGCAGCGGGGUCCCCAGCGAGCUGUCCUCACUGGAACAGCGACUAAAGAGGGCGACACCGUCACUGCCCAGAUCGUGGGUCAUGGGUCACCGGUCACAGGUCAGGUUCACAGCGGCAAGUGGAAGGUGAAGCUGCCCGCUGUGACAGAACCCGGACCUUUCGUCAUCAGGGUCAGCUCCAGCGAGGGACAGGUCACUCUCAACGACGUGCUCUUCGGGGACGUGUGGCUGUGCUCUGGGCAGAGCAACAUGGAGUUUGCAAUGAGUCAGGUGAUGAACUCCAGCGAGGAAAUUCAGAAAGCCACUCAGUUCAACGUCGAUUCGCUUCUUCAAAGCUCAGUACCAGAAAUCAAACACACCUCUGGACACUCUGCUGGUCGCCCUGCCAUGGAGUCUCCCCACCACCCGUAUGUCACACGCCAUCCAGGGACAUUGCUUUAA